AUGUCAAAGGCUUCCAGAAAAGCGAAGAAUAAUGAGGAUAAGGCAGGAAGAGAUGUAGUGGCAAGUAUUCUAACAGCUCGUCAGCCCAAGGGGGUGCGGUCACUGAACACCUACAAAGCUUAUUCUAAGCUUUACUAUGCUUCAUGCAUAAAGCCGGUAGUAGAUGCCAAGAUGAAAGUGCUCAAGCUUCCAGCGGGUGAUGGAGGCAGUGAAGGGGAUGAGGAGGGUGAGAAAGAAAUUGAAGGGAAGGAUGAGUCGACACAGAAGAAGCCCAAGGCCAAAAGAGUCACUGUGAUGAAGCGAAUUACAAGGGAAAUGUAUGAAACCGAGACUCCUGAGGUCAAAGCUGAGGUGGCAGCAUAUGUCAAGCAGAUCAAUGACGAGAAAACUCAACUGUUAGAGGCUGCCAAAGAACUAUUGAUUGACUUGUUGAUGUCCUCACCAAAUUCUUCCAAGAACUUCAACAUCUCACUGGGUGGUCCUACUCCUGUUUUGGGAGGAAAAAUUGAUGUUAGUAGUUUUCAUGUUGGUUGUACAGAAAUGGGAAACCUGUUCUCAGACACAUAUCCCAACUUCAAUGGCAGGAUUAUGAAACCCUGGCUAGAAUUUGUCAAUCGAGUAUAUCCUACUGCUGCAGCAAAGGCAUCAGCAGGUGGUGUUCAAGGGAUGAAUGAACUGAUAAAGAUUGAUAAUGAUGUAUCAGUAUCCCACGGCACUUCAGAUGCAUUUACAUCCACACUACUCCCACCACUUGAUGAGUCAGAGGAGCUCAGGUGCUUGGCAGACAACUUCCUUGCAACCUUUGGAUCCCUGCUGCUCUCUUCUUAG